AUGGGGCUGAAGGCUCGGAUCGGAACCUGCCUGCCGGUCUUCCUGAUCGCCAUCCUGCUGGACGUCCUGGGUCUGGUUCUGCUCUUCGUGGGGAUUUUCGCCAACCUGCGGAUCUCGGGCCGCUUCUACGGAGACUUCUUGAUCUACAGCGGCUCCAUCGUCAUCUUCCUCAGCGUCUUCCUCUGGCUCAUGUGGUACGUGGGCAACCUGCGGGUGGCCGUGGAUGUCGGGGGCGCGGAGAGGAGCAGCAGUAUCGCGCGUCUGGCGCGGAAACUGACGGAGAGACUGAGCCGCAGGUUGGCUGGGGAAGGAGGGGCGAGCCGAGUCAUGAGGGACGAGCGGACGGCACCGCAGGCCGGCUCCGAAGAGAGGCCGGCGAAGGCCAGCAGAGUGACGUGGGGAAGGUCCACGGUUUACCACAACCAGGGCUACGACGACACUCUGGACUCUCCCGCGGAGGAGCGGGCGCGGGAGCACGUGGAGACCUGA